GACUACAGUUGGGAUUACAAACGCGCAAUCCCAGCUAAGCGUGUGUGCCGUUCUUGCCUCUUACCGCCCUUCCGCCCACAUACAGGGCAGGAGGAGACGCCGUCCGUAAGGGCGGAGGACACCUUAUGCAGGGACUGCGGCAGCGUUUUCUCUUCCUGGUACUUCCUGGAAAGACACCAGGAGCUGAGACACCGAGAGCGCAGCAGCAGGUACUGCUGCAGCCUCUGCCCGUACUCCAGCUACAAAAGGGACAAUGUGGUCAAGCACGAGAGAGUCCAUACGGGGGAGAAGCCCUUCGUAUGCAGCACCUGCGGCAAGGCCUUCACGCAGCAGAGCAGCCUCAACGUUCACCAGACGGCGCACACGGGAGAGCGACGGCACGGGUGCAUCGAGUGCGGGGCCGCCUUCCCCAAGAAGAGCGACCUGAUUCGGCAUGCCCGCACCCACUCCGGCAGCAAGGCAUACUCGUGCCACCUGUGCGCGUUUCGGACGAGCACCUCGAGCAACGUGAAGAAACACGUGAUUGCGGUGCACACCAAGGAGUUUCCCCACAUGUGCGAGCGCUGUGGGAAAGGCUUCGUGGCCCCGUACGCGCUCAGGGCCCACUUGGCCAAGAAGCACGCCCACGAAGAUCAGGAGGACUAGCAGACGGAUCCGCGGCACCUGUGCGCCCUUGGGGGAAGCUUAUGCAGCGGAACGAGUCUCCAACCGGUGCGGCUUAACGCGUCCUCGAGUGUGGUUCCUUCAUUUCCGCCCGACAAAGUCCUAGAAAUGUUGCGUUGUCACCGGCCGCGAUCUUGGCGAUGUCGCAGCAGACGCCCAUUCUGCUGCAGGUCACUCCAGAUUGACUGUCCUCGGAAGUUAUGGCAGCCGGGAGUUGGGACUCUGCGACGACGGCGAUCUCGUUUUUUUGCCGGGGCUCCUAUCGCCGACUUGUCGAGACGUCGUUUGUUGCCACUUUGGGGCCGCAUUCGACAUGCGUGCGGGAAAGGACGUAAAACGGACCAGCCUAAGACGCAUUGCAGGCACUGUAGUUGCGCUCACUACGACAGAGGUUGACCUCGAAGAGGAGAGUUUCGCCGAAGGGUCCGUAAAUAAAUAUGUCCGUCGUAGCCUUA